GCCAUCACUUGUUCCCAUUUCAUGUAUUUUUGUGCCAGAAACGAUCUUGGUUUGAGAGAUGGGCCAAUCUUAUGCAGUUAGGACGAUGAUCUAGCAAUGCCAAAAAGGUACACGUGUUCUGUUGCUCUGUCCAAUUCGUCCAGAUAAAACUCAGCCAUCGCUAUUCGUUCGGCCGGCAAAUCGGCGUCAUUUCGAGAGCCAAACCCCUGCUCGACAGCGCGCGACACCGAAGCCAAAUUCCUCCCCUCUCAUCGGAUCCGGCGACGAUCGCCAGAUCGAUCCCGCGCAAUGGCUUCUCCGGCAGAGGCAGCGGAGAUGGUGGCAUCCGCGGCGGCGGCUGCCGCGUCGGAGGCGAAGGGGAAGGAGGAGAAGGAGAGGAGGGAGGGGCCCGGGGUGCUGGGGAGGAUCUGGCGGGCGCUGUUCGGCGGGCGGGGCGAGGACUACGAGAAGCGGCUGCAGAACCUGUCCAAGGAGGAGGCCGCCGUGCUCGCCCGCAUGGGCCGCCGGGCGCACUUCUCCCGCCGCGGCGUCCGGAACCUCAUCGCCCUCUCCGUCCUCGGCGAGGUUGGAGCUGUAGUUUACGCAAUCAUCGUGACGAAAUCAGAGGAUCUAGAUUGGCAGAUGAGGGCUAUUAGAGUGCUGCCUAUGUUUCUUUUGCCAGCUUUAUCCUCAAUGAUGUAUUCAGUACUCGUAAGCUUCACAAGGAUGUUGGAGCGGAAGGAUAAGGAUACACUUGAAAGAUUGAGAGCUGAGAGGAAAGCAAAGAUUGAUGAGCUAAAGGAUAGAACAAAUUAUUACCUGACCCAGGAGCUUAUUCAGAAAUAUGACCUUGAUCCUGCAGCAAAGGCAGCCGCAGCUUCAGUUCUGGCCUCUAAAAUGGGUGCAGAAACCGGCUUUGAGGUACAUAUGGCAGAUGAAGUGAAGUCUGGUUCAGCACAGGCUAGAAGCAGCGAGGUUGAGGUAAUUCCCCCAAAUGGUCUGCAGAAUAGGAAGGAAACAAAGGCAAAAGGCAGCAGCUACAGGAGCACCACGGCUGCUCAUGCACAACAGGACACAUCAAAUGAAGCUGGGGGUGGUGGCAUGGAAUCUAUGCCGCCAUCGAAAGUUGUGGAGCAUUAUCAAGGCUUAGGAACGAGUGAUGGUGGCUGGAUUGCGAAGAUUGCUGCUUUGCUUGUUGGGGAGGACCCAUCGCAGUCGUACGCACUGAUAUGUGGCCAUUGUCAUAUGCAUAAUGGAUUGGCCAGGAAAGAAGAUUUUUCUCAUGUAACCUACUACUGCCCGCACUGCCACGCACUCAACAUGUCCAAUCAGUCCAUAGGGCAACGCUCCAGCUCAGACUCAGGUCAGUUGAGCCCAGUUGCUCCUGCUGAUGGGGUUUCCACUACUACACAUCCUAUCACGGAGACUGAACUGAGCAGCACCACUGAAGUGCAAGAGCUAUCGGAGGAGGCAGAUGCGUGGAAGCAAGUGGAGCCAGCAAACUGAGGCUGAUCGCUCGCGAAAUAUAGAGAAAUUUCUUUUGCGGUUUCGGAUGCAUGGGAAAGCCUGUACCGCAAGAUGGAAGGUCGUACAGAAUGGUCUGACGGCCAUCUGGAGUUCUGGAGUUCUGGACCAUUGAUGUCACAGCGCUGGACUCUGCAUCUGCAUUGUAGAGACCUGCCUUGUUUUUUCUUUUUAAAAAAAGGGGCUUGCCCUGUUUUUGCUUGAACUACUUGCGGCUCGGCGGCUGGAGGCCAUGGCAGUCGCCAGCAGUGACGAUUGUUCAGAUGAGCAGUCCGCUCGGGUUAUUUCCUCCAACUCCAGGUGACCAGGUGGAUCAGGUAGAUGAUGUACUUGGUUAGCGCGUCGAGUAAUUACCAAGGUAGAUGAUGCCUGCGAGUAGCGCGUCGAUCGUCAGGUCGUCCACCAUCAUUGACUUGCUAGUCAAGAAGGAAGCAUGCUGAACUGCCGAUCGACGCCGUGCUGGAGCUGGUGGCUGACGGCGAACAUUGACCCAAAACUUCGCUCCUGCGCCAGCAGCACCAAAUGCAACCUGACGAUAGGACGAUUUUGCUGUGCCCAUGCCCCAGGAAGAUCGUCUCUGGCUUUCUGCUUAUCCAAAGAGACAGGUCACCGUCAACGUCAUCUUCGGGUGCAGCCAACAUCCGGGCGUCCUGGCCAUGUGAACUAGUCGCCAGAUGUCAGCAUUGCAUCCGGCAAGAAAAAGUUGAAGGGAAUCAAAUGUAUUUCGUAGAAAGGUUAGUUUGUUAGAAUUUUCAUACUGAUUUCUGUGAGUGCUACGCUUUAUGCUGUUUGUGGUUCGAUCAUAUACGACGAUACCCAAGAGUACAGCUUUGUCUUAAAAGAAAGAGAACAUCUUUUAA